GAGUAACAAGUAAACUCAAAAAAACAAGUAAACUCAGUGUCACAGACCACAGAGCCCACAUUCUGCAACUUUUUUAGCAAAGGAAAAAAAAAACAUUUUAAAGAAAUUCAAAGCAAAAGAAGUGGCCUUGAUUUCCGCCAUUAAAACUUCAAACGAAAACUUCCAGUUUUUCCCUAGUAGAGUGAAGAAAGAGAAGGAAAGAGGGAGAGAAAGACUUCUUGGGAGAGAGUGAAUUCUGGGAUGCUUCAACUUCCACCGGCUACGGCGGCGUUUAUGUUCAUAAUCGCCGUCGUGGUGUUUCCGGUGACGGUGGUUUGCAGCAGUUUUCCGGCUGGUGUAUUACAGCUUGAGAGGGUAUUCUCGUUGAGCGAGAAGAUUGAGUUGGAAGUUCUUCGAGCUCGUGAUGCAGCGCGCCAUGAGCGAAUCUUGCAAGGUGGCGGCGGUGGUGGAGGUGGCGGUGGUGGGGUCGGUGGGGUUGUGGAUUUCGCCGUUCAAGGUUCCUCUGAUCCUUACCUUGUUGGGUAGGCUGUAUUUUACAAGAGUGAGACUAGGAACUCCCCCAAGGGAAUACAAUGUGCAGAUUGACACAGGAAGUGACAUAUUAUGGAUAACUUGCAAUUCAUGUAUUGACUGUCCACGGACGAGUGGCCUUGGGGUUGAGCUCAAUUUCUAUGAUAUCACUGGCUCCUCAACCGCCAACGCAGUUUCUUGUUCGGACCCAAUAUGUACUACUAUGGUUCCAUCAGCAUCAUCUCAGUGCUCAGCUGAAACUAAACAGUGUGGUUACUCGUUUCAAUAUGGUGAUGGAAGUGGGACAUCUGGGUUUUAUGUGUCUGAUAUGCUCUACUUUGAUAUGAUUCUAGGGAACUCUAUGAUCGCUAACUCAUCUGCCUCUAUCGUUUUCGGAUGCAGCAAUUAUCAAUCUGGGGAUUUGACCAAGUCAGAACGUGCUAUUGAUGGGAUCUUUGGUUUUGGUCAGCAGGGCUUGUCCGUUGUAUCUCAAUUAUCUUCCAGAGGAAUAACACCUCGGUCAUUUUCCCAUUGUUUGAAAGGAGGAGGAAAUGGUGGUGGUAUUCUGGUGCUUGGCGAGAUUUUGGACCCAAGUAUUGUUUAUAGUCCACUUAUGCCAUCACAGCCUCAUUAUAAUUUGGACCUCCAGAGCAUCGCAGUUAAUGGGCAAUUAUUGCCAAUUGAUCAAUCAGUGUUUGCAACAUCCAGUAACCGAGGAACAAUUAUUGACUCUGGAACAACACUGGCUUAUCUAAUUGAAGAAGCUUAUGAUCCUUUAGUCGAAGCGGUAACUGGUGCAGUUUCACAAUCUACAAAACCUCUUACUUUUAAAGGAAACAAUUGUUACAAGGUUUUAGUAAGUGUGAGCAAUUUGUUUCCACUGGUAAGCUUCAACUUUGCGGGUGGUGCGUCUAUGGUGUUGAGACCAGAAGACUACCUUGUACAUAUGGGCUUUGUCGAUGGUGCCGCGCUUUGGUGCAUAGGUUUUCAGAAGGUUCAGAAGGGCCUAGGAGUUACAAUAUUAGGAGACCUUGUUCUGAAGGAUAAGAUCGUUGUCUAUGAUCUAGCUCAUCAGAGAAUUGGAUGGGCUAAUUACGACUGUUCCUUGUCUGUCAAUGUAUCGGUUACAUUUGGCAGGGAUGAAUUCAUUAAUGCGGGGCAAUUAAGCGUUAGCAACCCAUCCAAAAAUAUUCUUUUUGGGUUCAUACCUCCUCUCUUCGAGUUUCUUAUUGCACAGAUUAUAACCUUUCUUCUCCUAUAACUAACCCACCAUUUCAGAUUAUACCCAAUAUUUUGUGUUUUCAGCAGUUAUCACCACUGAUUCGCAAGGCACAGUAGUUUUAAGUUUUGUCUAUGAUCAAUUGUAAUCUUCUCAUUCUACUGAAUUCUGGUUUGUUUGAUGCUGGAAUUCCACAUUUGCGCGUGUGCUCAAGCAGCACCAGGAAUGUAAAUUAUUCAUAUAGUAUUGAUAUAUUGUAUAUCAAGUGUUGUAGAAUUAGUGCCACGGCAGUUUAAGUAGAACACAUUAAUUUCAUUUAAGUUACUGAAGAUUUGUUCCAGAACUAGAGGAAACUUUACCA